AUGCCAGUUGAUUUUUCUAUCAUGGAAAACCAAUCACUCGAAUCUUUUCUCCCUGAAAUUCAAUCAAGAAUCGUUAAUCUAGUCCAACUUUUCGAAUCUGAUGAACAUCCAAUUGAACAGAUUCACGAAGCCGUCACAGAAAUAACUUUAGUUAUCAACAAUGCAAUUUUGUCCACAGAGAGCAAGCAUAAACAAUAUUUACUCACGGAAAUUAAGUCACAAAUUGAAAAGAAUGUGGAAAGUUAUUACGAAACAUAUGAAAAGGAACUGAAUCGCGAGAUAAAUGAAGCAUCCAGGAAGAAAGAUAAUACUCAGUACAAUGAUUUGUCAUCAUUCCUUAACAAAGAUACACUUUUAUAUUUGUUUUAA